AAGACAUAUUUACUGAAAGGAUUAAAAAAUACCAUACACAUGAUAUGCAUAUUUUUUUUGGAGCACUGAGAAACAACACAAGAAAAACAAUGCGAAGAUCUCUUCUUACUCUGUUUUUAGUCUGUGCUCUGAGUUCUCCAUCUGGAGGUGAUGUUAGACUGGUCAAUGGUAAUAAUCGCUGCUCUGGUAGAGUUGAGGUCCUUUAUAAUGGCCGUUGGGGAACUGUGUGUGAUGACUCUUGGGACAUUAAUGAUGCUACUGUGGUGUGCAGACAGGUGGGAUGUGGAAAAUCUCUUAGUGCAAGCAGUGAGGCUUCUUUUGGUCAGGGGAGUGACCCAAUCUGGCUGGAUGAUGUUGCAUGUUCUGGAAGUGAGAGCAGCAUAAAACAGUGCAAACACAGUGGACUAGGAUCACAUGACUGUAGCCACAGUGAAGAUGCUGGUGUUACAUGUUCAGACUUAAGAUUGGUCAGUGGCUCUGAUUCCUGCUCUGGAAGAGUGGAGCUCCUUAACAAUGGCCAGUGGGGAACUGUGUGUGAUGACGACUGGGACAUAACAGAUGCUGAUGUUGUGUGCAAACAAUUAAACUGUGGCAGAGCCAUCAGCGCCCCUCCCAGCGCAGCAUUUGGUCAAGGAAGUGGAGCGAUCUGGCUGGAUGAUGUUGGAUGCUCUGGAAAUGAGAAUACCCUUACACAGUGCUCACACAGAGGUCUGGGACAACAUAACUGUAAUCAUGGUGAAGACACUGGUGUUGUAUGUGCAGGUGAUCUGCAGAUACCCAUUCUUUCCAUAAUCUCUCCACAUUCAGUUGUGUCUCCUGGAGAAAACAUUCAGUUCAGAUGCACAACACCUAAUCCAAGAUGGCGGGAAAAUGCUAAAUUCCACCUGUUCAGAAGCAGUUCAUCCACAAUAUCCUCUCAAACAAGUGUAUCUAGUGUGACUUUCAGUCUGACUGUAGACGUCUCACAUCAGGAUCAGUACAGCUGUGAUUACUCUUACAGGAAUGACAUUAUCAAGUCUUCCAGGAGUAACACUAUUGCAAUCACUGUAGUGAACCUGCAGAAGCCACACAUUUCUCUCAGUCCUCUGGGUUCAGUGGUCGCCAGAGGUCACAACUUCACUAUUACUUGUUCAUCUGAAUCUCAGUAUUCUGGAGGCUUCUUCUCUCUGUUCAGUGGAUCAAACAUCAUCAGUAGGAAACCAGCUGUCAAUCACUCAGCCGUCUUCAUCUUUCCUGAGGCAGAUUAUUCACAUGAGGGAAGCUACAGUUGUGUUUAUGAAGUGACUGUCUCCUCACGUAACUUUCGUUCAGUUUCCUCUAACCAGCUGCCCAUCGCUAUCAGAGAUGGGUUAGGAUUGGUUAAUGGCUCUGAUUCCUGCUGUGGAAGAGUGGAGAUCCUUCACAACAGCCAGUGGGGAACUGUGUGUGAUGACGACUGGGACUUAACAGAUGCUGAUGUUGUGUGCAAACAAUUAAACUGUGGCAGAGCCAUCAGCGCCCCUCACAGCGCAGCAUUUGGUCAAGGAAGUGGAGCGAUCUGGCUGGAUGAUGUUGGAUGCUCUGGAAAUGAGCGCUUCCUCAUACAGUGCUCACACAGAGGUCUGGGACAAAAUAACUGUAAUCAUGGUAAAGACACUGGUGUUGUGUGUACAGGUGACCUGCAGCAGCCCAUGCUUACUAUAAUCUCUCCACAUUCAGUUGUGUCUCCUGGAGAAAACAUUCAGUUCAGAUGCACAACACCUAAUCCAAGAUGGCGGGAAAAUGCUAAAUUCCACCUGUUCAGAAGCAGUUCAUCCACAAUAUCCUCUCAAACAAGUGUAUCUAGUGUGACUUUCAGUCUGACUGUAGACGUCUCACAUCAGGAUCAGUACAGCUGUGAUUACUCUUACAGGAAUGACAUUAUCAAGUCUUCCAGGAGUAACACUAUUGCAAUCACUGUAGUGAACCUGCAGAAGCCACAAAUUUCUCUCAGUCCUCAGGGUUCAGUGGUCGCCAGAGGUCACAGCUUCACUAUUACUUGUUCAUCUGAAUCUCAGUAUUCUGGAGGCUUCUUCUCUCUGUUCAGUGGAUCAAACAUCAUCAGUAGUGAACCAGCUGUCAAUCACUCAGCCGUCUUCAUCUUUCCUGAGGCAGAUUAUUCACAUGAGGGAAGCUACAGUUGUGUUUAUGAAGUGACUGUCUCCUCACGUAACUUUCGUUCAGUUUCCUCUAACCAGCUGCCCAUCGCUAUCAGAGGUGAGUUAAUGACACAUAACUGUUACAGUGCACAGUUACUAUGUCCUACAUGUACUGUAACUUAAUUAGUAAUAUUUAAUUGCAUAUGUCAUAGCAUCAGAGAAUGAAGAUGUAUGUGGGUCAAAGACGAAAAGGGGGUUUAAAGCAUAAAAAAAAUAAAAGUGUAAAAGAGCUUUAAAUUUAGUCUUUUUCACAUACAUUAGAAUAUGUCCUGUUUAACUAUAUGUUUUUCUGAGCAAAAAAUAAUUACUACCAUACAUUUUUACUGGAAUUGUACAGAAGACACCAACUAAAAUGUCAUUCAGUGUAACAAUAUUUUUAUGCAAAAAAAUAUUAUCAGACAUUUUUAGAAAAACUAUUAUUUGAUGACACAUUACAAGACUCUAUUUAUAGAUCACAGUGCAGACACCAAAUACUAACUAUUUGUCAUUUUAAAGCAUUUUACUUCGCCAAUAUCCUUUAAACCAUUAGGUUUUACCCAUUUGUCAGCAAGAAGUUUUUGUAAGGAAGUGAAAAUCAAUUCAAAUCAAAUAAAAUUUUUGAAGGAUCACACAUUAUUAUACAUAUUUUAAUAAGUACAGCUCAG